UUUCCCUAAUUUUUUUACCCUUCUUUUUUUGAGGCUUUUUAAAGGGAGUGUUGCGAGGCGUUUAGCUAUAUCUCACAGGGUAAAAAGCGUCUUUUUACAUAUAAUUUGAAUUUUGCCACCUAGCUUCUCCAUUUCGAGGUAAAGCGUCUCCGUUUUGAAAAAGUCUGACCCCUCCUGUCCUAUUUUGCUUAUGGAAAACAUCGUUUUGUGUUCCCUGUUUCCUCAUUGUCUCCCGUGUUACUUCAUUAUUUCUUUCUCUUCAUUUUUUCUGUUUCUUCAUUUUUUCUCUCUCCUCCGUCGACGAUCUCGUUCUCUCUCCUCGACGCUCGGUGUAGUUCACCUCUUCUCUUCCAUUCUCGCUAGAAAUUAUACCAAAAGUCCAUCAAUUCUUGUUUGAGCAGAUUGGGUAGUGAAAAAGAAGAAGUCAAUUGUUCGGUCGAUGAAUUGGACAAAGUGGGGGGGGGGGCCCCUUAAAAAGGAAGGUGUGUAAACCCGUGGGUUUGUCAUCGAACCUCAAACGUGGGGGCCAAUCGAAACCACUGGCGACUAGUAAGGCAAAUUCUGAUUUUGACGAGUACGAAGAAGGUGAUGAUGCUGAGCAGCAAUCUGAACCUUCGAGCAGUGAUGGAGAUUCGGAUUCAAGUUCUGGAUUUAUGAAGGUGAUGUUUAGAGAGUACAUGAAGAGAAAGGCUAAGAAGAGAAAAGGGAAGUCGAGUAAGAAGGGUAUUCAAACAGAAGGACAUAGAGUGAUCGCAGAUGGUGCAGUCCUACGCACACAUUAUGAGAACUUUGGCAAGCAACCCAAUAUUGUGUGUAGGGUGGAAAAGGGGUUGUUUGUUGGUGAAAAAGUUUGAUCCCAAGAGACGGGAGUUGGUGGAACGAAUGGGAUUUGGUGGGUUGCUGCAUUUGGAUAUGAAAAAUAUCCCGAGGCAGUUUUGUUACUGGCUAAUGAGAAGGAUUUUUGGUGAUGGGACCAUGGUGUUUGGAGAUGGUUCAAUUCUUCCUCUGGGGCCAAACCAAGUCAGGUCCAUCCUUGGUAUUCCGAUGGGUAGUAAGGAAGUUCCUGUAAUUCUCGGCGAUGAUGAAGAGGACACCCAGAGGAUUAUGCGGGUGUUUCAACAAUAUGGUGUUGGGUUGAAGUGAGAAACAGUGUCUCUUAAUCUUGCAGCUGAAGCCAUGUGCCCUAAGCUUGAAGAUGAUUCUUUGGUGGAGUUGCAGAAUGAAGUGGAUGAAGAGGACUUUAUGAUUGCUUUCCUAAGUGUUGCCCUUGGAAUGAUAGUUUGCACGACCACAAACAGUUCAAACUUGGCGGCAUCAUUAGUGCCAACAUUGGCAGUUGCAUGUGUAGCGGGAAAUUAUGAUUGGUGCAAGUUCACAAUUGACUGGGUGCAUGACUGUAAUGAUCGCUUUUAGAAUCAGAAAGAUGGUUUUCGUUGUGGUUGUGGUGGGAGUUUUGUGUUUCUGUUGAUUUUUUAUUUGGAUCACCUUCAUCGUGUCCCAAAUAGGUGGGGUAUAUACCUUAGGUUGAUGGUGUGGGAUUCUGAACAUGUGAGAGGAGUUGUAGAUGAAGAUCGGAAGUCUGAUGAAGAGUUUGGCUAUUUGCCGGUUCUUGACAUUGCAUAUGGCGAGGACCAUCCUCUGGUGCCUCGUAAUGAUGGGGAUCUGGAGCUGGUGCGAACAAAAGCCGUUGAUAACUCCCUUAAUAAUUCUGUUAGUUCUAUGGCUGAUCAGGGAGGGCCCGUCCAUCAUUCAGUGUGAUAGAAUGAAUGCUACGCAGAGGGACUAUUAUGGUGUAAUCGAUCCUCAAGCCCGUCUGGGUCAUCAAUAUGUGCGGACGACAUCCAAAUUAUAUACAAAGUAUUGGGCGGCUGCUGAGUUCCUUAAUAGGAGGAAAAGGAUUCUGAUUGAUUCGUCCUAUGUGAUGAUGAUUAAGGCAAAGGAGAAGGAUUAUGCACUUCUUGCUAGGAAGUAUGGGAAGCCAUUGUUAAAUAUCCCAACUGAUGAGAUUCGCUUAUUUUUCUUCCCUGUGCUUGAUGGGUCGGCUGAAAAGGCGGAUGAGCACUGGUGGUGCCUUUGCAUGGAUAUGGUUAAGAAGCAAUUUUGGAUGAUUGACUCGUUAUAUUCGGAUCCAUAUGAACACCACUCUGAGCUUGUUACAAAAUUGGUGAAGGCAGUAGAUGUUCUCCUCCAAGUGAAAGAUCCCCGUUGGGAGUUGGGGAGUUUGGAGAAGGGGCCUAGGAAUAGGAUGGACAUGGUCAAGCAAACCAAUACCUUCUCCUGUGGUGUGCUAAUGCUUGGUUGCAUUAAACACUGUGCCCGUAUUUCUUUUGAUACUAGUUACCCGAUGGUAUGUUUGCUGUGAGUUGUUAUGUGAAGCUUUUAUAUGGUAAAUGAUAUUGUACUUGGUUAACAAUAUUAUCUUUGGAUGUGCUGGAGAAGAACUUGAGGAAAAGCUUGUUUUUGGAGGAUUCGAAUAACUCAUACAAUGAACUUAGAGCAAAAUUUGAUGAAAUUCUCCCCAAGGAACGAGUCCGCCCAAGAAGGACUGCAUCUUCUCAAAACACGUUGUAGUUGUGUGUAAUAUUCAUCUGAAUUGGGUAUUAGGUAUUUUGGAUAUUUAGUGGAAAUGUUUAGAAUUGUGUUGUUUUGCCGGUCUGUUAAAACUAAGUAAACUAAGUACGGGUGGACAAUGCAGGUUUUCUAUGUUGGAACAUUGUAGUUUGCUUUAAGACGACUGGGGUUUUAACAAUGCAAGGUAGUUGGUUAUUAGUAGUAGAAUUAUUAGUAGCAGAAUUAGAUUGUAGUAUAAUUGCAGGAGUUUAGAAGCUGUAGAAUUAGAAAUACUACUUUGUGAAAUAUCAUAAACUUGUUAACAACAA